AUGGAAACUCGUGGAAUCGCGUGGGUCUUCUUCCUCGGACUCCUCUUCGCAAAGGUCCUAACAGCAUCUCCUUAUUCGGGCGAGGAGAGGCGAGGAAUGGAGGAUGUCGUUCGGGUCCGGGAUCCGCACGCCCGCCAUCCUGAAUCGAGGAUCUUCUACGACACGUGCAUCUGCGGAGCCUCGCAAUACACGGGGAAAAGAUCCGGGGAUCCCCCGGGGAAUUCCACGGAUUCCGACCUGGAUCGGAUCAUCGGAGGGACCGUCGUCCCCAGUCAGACCAAGUAUCCGUGGAUGGCCUGGGGUGGAUUGACUCCGACUCAGAUGGGUUGCACCGGGGCCCUCAUCAACGAUCGGUACGUGCUCACUGCAGCACACUGCGUCUUCGCCAACCGCCAUGCAACGUUCUACGUGACUCUGGGAGACUUGGACCGGUCGACGUCGUCCGAGAGCCGCUCCAUACAGAUAACGGCUCGGGCCAUCCCCCAUCCGGAGUAUAGGACUGAAAGCGGAUCAACGACGGACAACGACAUCGCCCUGAUGCGACUCGAUACCCCGGUGGACUGGAACGCGUACCCGCACAUCCGUCCGAUCUGUCUGCCCAGCGGUCCCUUGUCUGUCGCGGGGCAGACGGUCAUCACCGCCGGCCCCACGAGAACGUACUACGUGACUCUGGGAGACUUGGACCGGUCGACGUCAUUCGAGAGCCGGUCCAUACAGAUAACGGCUCGGGCCAUCCCCCAUCGGGACUAUCGGUCUCAAGGAAAUGACAACGACAUCGCCCUGAUGCGACUCGAUACCCCGGUGAACUGGAACGCGUAUCCGCACAUCCGUCCGAUCUGCCUGCCCAGCGGUCCCUUGCCUGUCGCGGGGCAGACGGUCAUCACCGCUGGGUGGGGCAGCACAAAUAUAGUGGACUCAUACUUCUCCGUCCCAUCGUGGAAGUUAUUCGAGGCGACGCUGAAGGUGGUCAGCGAUGAAGUCUGUCGAAGAAGUUUCAGCAAUAGAAAUUACAACAAUUUCAUCUGCGCGUACAGUGCGGGAAGUACAAUCGCCAGGGGAGAUUCCGGUGGACCCCUCAUGUACCGGACUCAGCUUGGAUAUUUCCAGAACGUUGGCAUCAACUCCUUCGGUGGGGGCUUCCCAAUCCUUGGUGCCGGCUUCACCGAGAUAGGAAAUUACGUGAACAGCUUCAUACUGCCGAAGACAGAGGAUGCCAAUUACUGUAUGACACCCUGGUUUUCCGUGUGA